AUGGCUCCUGCGAAGGGUCAGCGCCGCCUGUCCCUGUGUCCAGGGCCUCCUGUGGCCACGAUCCCUUUCGGGGACCUGCUGGAAGAGGUUGGUAGCAUGGGCACCUUCCAGAUUUUCUCAGUGUUAUUCCUCUCGCUGCCCGUGCUGUUCCUCGCCAGCCACAACCUGGUGCAGAAUUUCAGUGCGGCCUCUCCGGAGCACCGGUGCCGCUUGGCACACCCAGGAAACUUCUCCCAAAAAGAGUCUCUGGUGCCUCUCGGCCAGGACCUGAAGCCGGACAGCUGCCAACGCUUCGCCGGGUGGCUGGCACCUGACUCAAACGACACCUCGGGCAAGGGUGUGGAACUGGAGCCGUGCCUCAAUGGCUGGCAGUAUGACCACAGCACCUUCACCUCCACCAUUGUGACUGAGUGGGACCUGGUCUGCAACCUGCAGCCCCUGAAGAGCCUGGCCCAAUCCCUCUUCAUGGCGGGGGUCUUGGUGGGGGCCUUCAUCUUGGGAGAUCUCUCAGACAGAUUUGGACGCCGGCUGAUCCUGAUUUGGUCGUUGCUGAUUGUGGCCGCCAUGGGAACAGGAGCGGCCUUCUCAAAUAGCUUUCUCGCCUAUUGCAUUUUCCGCUUCCUGAGUGGCAUAGGGAUCUCUGGAUUCCUGCUGAAUUACAUUUGUCUAAGUCUGGAAUGGGUGCCCACCAAAUACCGGGCCGUGGUGGUGUCCAUCCAGAGCUACUGCAGCACAGCUGGACAGGUGCUCCUGGGAGGCUUGGCAUAUGCCAUCCGUGACUGGCGCUGGCUACAGCUGGCCAUCUCAGCCCCAUUCUUCGCUUUCUUCGCCUAUUCAUGGUGGCUUCCAGAAUCGGCCCGGUGGCUCCUCAUGAACAACGAGCGUGAAGCCGCCCUGCGCAACCUGAAACACGUGGCCAGGAUCAACGGGAAAGCCGCUGCAGGGGAAGCGGUGGUGCUGGAGAUGCUGGAGACGCAAACAGGCAGUAAUUCUCCAGGACGGGGCAAUCACUCGUGCCUGGACCUCUUCCGCACCCCCGGGCUGAGACGCAUCAGCUGUUGUCUCAUGCUCAUCAGCUUCUCCAUAAACAUGGCCUACUUUGGGCUCUCCAUGGACCUCUCCAUUUUCGGCCUGAACGUCUUCCUGGUGCAGCUGUUCUUCGGAGCGAUAGACCUGGUGGCCAAGAUGGCGUGCGCCUUGCUGCUCAGCUACGUCGGCCGGCGCAUCAUCCAGGCCAUUUCCCUCAUCCUUGCGGGAAUGUUCCUGUUGUUCACUCUUCCUGUCCCUUCCGAGAUGUUGAUGGUACGUUUGGUCUUUGUGGUGCUGGGGAAAGGAUGCUUAGCGGCGUCUUCCAUGUGCCUCUACCUCUAUGGAGGGGAGCUCUUCCCAACGGUCAUCAGGCAAACGGGCACCAGCUUCACCACAAUGAUGGCCCGCCUGGGUGGCAUAGUAGCCCCGGUAGUGUUGAUGGCUGGUGACUACCAGCCUUUCCUGCCCCUGGUGUUGUUUGGGGUCACGCCCAUCAUUUCAGGCAUUUCUGCCAUCUUCCUCCCUGAAAUGUUUAACGUCCCUCUGCUGGACACGGUGGAAGAGGUUGAAGAAAGUGGAAACUUGGUGGGAAACUUGGCGGAAAAUGCCUCCAUGUCCUCGUCCUUGCUUAAUGCACGGGCAGAGAACUUCUGUGGGAGGCUCGAUUCGCCUGGGAAGGACGAAUUCUUCAACUGUUUCUCCAGAGCGGGUGGCUGA